AUGGCCAAUUCUGGUUCCGGCGAUGGCUACCCCUACCCGUGGGGCGGUUCCGAUCCCAGGAGACCAGACUUGAGGCAUCAGGGGUCGUCGUUAUCAGAUGUUAGUUCGUUGGGUGGUUAUCAGCCUGAUCAUAGGGAUUCUGUUGUCUCGCUACCUUCACCAUCUUCAGAGCACCCGAGAUCGGUUUCGAGAGAUGAAGUGGAUAUCAGCCGAGUUCAGAUAUCGUCUGGUGGGAGUUCGGGAGUUGCAUCGCCAUCUGAGAGAGCCAGAAGUCAUAGCAGACUGUCAGAAAUGCUUCCAGAGACGCUACGUGUUGGUACCCCCUCGCCAACCAUAAGGUCGGGAUUCAACAUAUUUCGAAAUUCACAGUCUUAUGAGCCCAUAUCAAGUCCGAAUGUAGGACCAAGCAAAUCUACGCGAUCAUCGAGGCGCUUUUCAAGCAGAAGGACUGGAUCGAGUAGUUCUUUAAUCAAUACGAAACAUGGCACGAUUCAUGAAGGAGAGGAGAUUGAUAUGAGUCUUUUAGGAGCUGCAAUGCCGAUGGGCAUGGCUAGUCACAAAACAGGCUAUGCAUCCGUGGAUGAAGAGGAUGUAGGAGCAAGCGUUCUCUCGCCCAUGAGUUUCGACGUCUCCUCAUUUCUUGGACCUCCGCAAAAUGAGCAGCAACUCAAAGAAGUCAAUCGACAAGAAGCUGCGGGUAUUCUUACUGGAGGCUUAGGUGCUGGAUGGAAGCCAGAUACUACCAUUAGGAGUACGGAUCUGUACGCGAAUGUACCGCCAACUCCCAAGACGCCAGGAGGCUUAUCACGGGGGAUGUCAUUCCGGAGUCCAUCAUUCAAGCGGAGUCCUGGGCUGUCAAGGAAGCAAACGGUACGAGAACUAGGUCAGAUUGAAGCGAACAAGCGCGGGGAGAUCAUUGAGGUCAUUGUUGAAGAACCAACAGUUGAUAUCAGCUCAUUCGCUGGCGACAGUUCUGCGUCUGUCAACUUUGACCAAAUCGAAAACCAGACAGGAACCCGUAAAAACACCAUCCCGGUCGCGACAGUGGAAGUCUUCUACCCGCAGGAUAAUUGGAAGCCAUUUUCGAUGAGAUGGCCGUACAUAAGUGCGCUUAUUGUUAUUUCGGUGGUUCUGGCUGGCGCACAAGAAUACCUGCUCCAGAAAGGCGCCAUCUAUACUUUCACUUCCGCGUCAAACCUAAGCACGUGGAGUUACUUCACGUUCAAAUAUCUUCCGACGUUGGUCGCUGUCUCAUUCGGUGUUCUGUGGCAAGUGACAGACUUUGAGGUUAAACGGUUGGAAGCAUAUUACCAGCUCUCCAGGCAGGGGGGAGCACUAGCUGCCGAGUCGAUCAAUGUCGACUACAUCACUUUCUUCAAUUUUCUCCGACCAAUCAGAGCGUUGACAUACAAGCACUAUGCAGUUGCCGUCUCGUCGCUUGCAACACUCAUGGCAGUAUCGCUUGUCCCCACGCUUCAAGCUGCUUCAAUAGAGCUUAAGAAGAGCCAAAGAUCGGAUCAACCCGAAUUCAAGGACGAGCAAGAGAUCGUCAUCAACGCAAUCUUGUCUCGUGUACUCAGUGGUAUUCUAGUCCUCAUUGCAGGACUGGGGUCAUUCCUCGUUUGGCAACUUGGAACUAGGCCAUCUGGUCUUGUAGCGGAUGUCAAGGGGAUUGCUGGCAUCGCAGCCAUGGCUAACCGAAGUCAUAUUUUGAUGGACUUCAAGAAUAUGGACACGGCAACGCCCGAACUAAUUCAUCAAACACUCAAAUCUCACCGAUACUCGCUUAGGAACUCUUCGCUUGCUCCAGAAGACAAAGUUCCUCUCACACAAGAAGAGAAGGACAAAUACGAUCAGCAAACCCGACAAGAAAACCCUCACCCUCUCAUGCUUAGGCUUGUGGCCGGUAUCCCCUUCGUCAUCGGCAUGUUCCUCUUCAUGAUCCUCAUCCCCAUCAUCUUGUUCGUCCACGCCGCAAAUCCCCUCACAACAAAAGUCCCAUGGUUCUUGACCGCACUUGCCGUCUGCAUCAAGCUCGCCUGGGGCACACUCGAGACCGACGUCCGCAUGAUCGAGCCCUUCUACAUCCUCUCCAAACGCCACGCCUCCCCCAAAACCCUCACUCUAGACUACACUGGCAUGGCCUUCGGAUGGAUGCCCAUCCGCGCCUUCGCCAACGGACACUUCCUCGUUGGCCUCGUAGGUCUCGGCUCCGUAUUCGCCGAAAUCCUCACCAUUUGCUCGACAUCCUUCGCCAACGUGUCCGGCAUGAACUUCACCAAGGGCGGGCCAGGUUCCGGGUCUGAUGGACCAGAUUCGACACACGACCGCCGAGCCUCUCACGAUACUGCCGGCGAAGAAACCUUCCUCUCUUUCUGGCUCUCCUUCGGCCUGGCGAUCUUCAUAAUCACCUUCCUGUGUCUCGUCGCAACACUCGUUUACUCCCGGCGUCGACACCCAUUUCUCCCGCGCCAGCCUAACACCAUCGCUUCCAUUCUCGCUUUCAUCCAUCAGAGUAAGAUGUUGUAUGAUUUCGUUGGCACGGAGAAGAUGAAUAAUGAUGAGAUGGUGAGGAAGCUGGCUAAAGUGGGGAAGACGUAUGGGUUAGGGUGGUUUGUGGGCAGAGAUGGGGAGAUGCAUUGCGGUGUUGAUGAGGAAGAGUUAACUGGGGCUUAUAAGCAUGGCGAUGAUGCGAGGAAGGCGAGUAGGCCGUGGGAUUUUAAUGAGUUUUAUUGA